UACUCCAUAGAAAUGGAAAUGGAAAUUCCCAAUUUCUCAAAUUUUGAACCUUUCAACCAACCGACAUUGACUCCCUUGACCCUACAACUCCACUCCUUCUCUUGCUCCUCCUUUUCCAUUCCCACCUCUUGAUCCCACCGCCUCUCUCUCUCAUGGCUGCUUUUCACUGUUUCCUCUCUCUCGUCCUCCCCAUCCUCCUCUCCCUCUCUCCCGCGCUCUCCACCAACUCUGAAGGAAACGCGCUUUAUGCUUUGAGAAGCAGGCUUUCUGACCCCACAAACGUUCUUCAAAGCUGGGAUCCAACUCUUGUCAAUCCUUGCACCUGGUUUCAUGUCACCUGCGAUUCCGACAACCACGUUGUCCGCUUGGACUUGGGUAAUUCCAAGAUUUCUGGGAGUUUGGGACCUGAGCUAGGUGAACUCAAGCACCUGAAAUAUUUGGAACUGUACACAAACAACAUAGUAGGGGAAAUCCCCAAGGAGUUGGGAAAUUUGGGAAAUCUCAUAAGCAUGGACCUCUAUGGGAAUAAAUUUGAAGGGGAGAUACCAAAGUCCUUUGCCGACUUGAAGUCUCUACGCUUCUUACGGCUGAAUGAUAACAAGCUUACAGGAUCAAUACCGCGGGAACUCACCACUCUGUCUGACCUUAAAGUUUUUGAUAUCUCGAAUAAUGAUAUUUGUGGAACAAUCCCGGUUGAUGGCCCGUUUGGAAGUUUUCCAAUGGAAAGCUUUGCUAACAACAGACUCAACGGCCCCGAGUUGAAAGGAUUGGCGGCUUAUGACUUUGGAUGCUGAUAAAGGUAGAGGCUCAAACAUAAGUUUGUCUAAACUAAGGAUGAUUAUAGGAGAACAAAAAAAGUGGAUGUUUUUUUAAGAUAAUGUUGCUGCUAUACAUGCAUUGCCUAUUGUAACAUUACUAUAUACAUAUUACAGCUUAAGUUAUGAUUUAUACAUCAUGAAUA